AAAUAAUGAAAGUCAGCGGAAAUGGAUGGUUAGUGGACAACCAAAGCGCCAGGAUCGAGUGGGAUUGACAAUACGUGGAGCAGCAGGAACCUGGAAAAGUUUUGUUGUUUGGCUUAUAGGUAGCUCAAACAUUGCUAUCCCAUUUUGUCAUUAUCAAUUGGUUAUGGGAGGUAUUUUGGGAAAGCCUGAGUCUUCUAAGCAUGCUUGGAUACCAGAAACAAAGCUUGAGGCCAAAAUGGUUGAAGCUAUGCAGCGAAGGGCAACUGAAGGAACUGCCAUGAAAUCGUUCAACAGCAUAAUUUUGAAAUUCCCAAAAAUUGAUGAGGGCUUAAGAAAAUGCAAAGAUAUUUUUGAGCAAUUUGAUGAGGACUCAAAUGGUGCGAUUGAUCAGGAAGAGCUUAAGAAGUGUUUUCUUAAGCUUGAAAUAAAAUUUACAGAGGAGGAAAUCAAUGAUCUCUUUCAGGCCUGUGAUAUUAAUGAGGAUAUGGGAAUGAAGUUCAAUGAGUUCAUUGUACUCCUCUGCCUUGUGUAUCUUCUGAAGGAUGAUCCAACUGCUCUUCAUGCUAAAUCACGAAUGGGUAUGCCGAAGUUGGAGGCAACUUUUGAAACCUUGGUUGAUGCAUUUGUAUUCUUGGACAAGAACAAGGAUCGUUAUGUCAGCAGAAAUGAGAUGGCUCAAGCCAUAAAUGAAUCAGAACGCUCUUCCGGACGAAUAGUCAUGAAAAGAUUUGAGGAGAUGGACUGGGAUAGAAAUGGAAUGGUGAACUUCAAGGAAUUUCUGUUUGCAUUCACUAAUUGGGUUGGAAUCGAUGAUGAGGAGGAGGGUGAAGAAAAGGUUUAAGCCAAUCCAUGAUAGUUACCAGUUGUUGCUGUCUACAAUUGCUGGUAGCUAAAGCUUUUCAGAGAGGUGAAGUUCCAGCAUGAAGUCCUGUUUACUCUUUCUGGUAAAUGGUAAUGGGCGAGGCGAUAUAAGGAUGUAGAAAUAAAUGAAGUUUAAUUUGUAAUGUAAAUAGUCUCACGUACACAACUCAUAUGCAUCUUCCAAUAGUUUAAGAGGCUUCUGUGAUGUCUCACUUUUCUCUUUUCUUCUUUUGUAAUAGAGAUUAUGUCAACUUUGGUAAAAA